CAAAUGGAUGACGAUUUUGACGAUCUCUUAGACUUAAUCGAAGAAACGAAACCAGAACAAUCCAAGAUACCAGAGAAUGUAGAACAGACUAACACAGAGGAAUCAGCACCGCCUCCAAAAAUCAUAACCCCCUCCGACAGUAAAGAUUUGGAGGAUAUCAAACCACUAGUUCUCGAAGACAAGCAACAGCCUAAACCUGCUUCUGCUAUCGGUGGUAAACGAAAGGCUUUCAAAAUCGAAAAAGAAAUAGACUGGGGUGAUGAUAAUCCUACUGAUCUUCUGACUGAACAAUCGGCUAAAACUGCGAGCCAGUCAAAUGAACAAAAAAGCGGAAGCAGUGGUUUCAAUAUGAAUAAUUUGCUUGGAAUCGACGAUUCGACUGAUGUUGCAGUUAAGCGACCGCCUACAGGUGAACGCAGACCUGACCCGAAAAGCUCUCUUAAACCAACUUUGAAGGUUACAGACGAGGAUGAUAAUGAGUCUUUAGCGGGACGUGGUUACCAACCGUCGCUUGGCGGAAGUAGCCGCGGACGGCGAGCGAUUAACGCUGGAGUCAGUGCUCAGGGAUCCGUGAAGUUUGGAGGAGAAAGUAUCUUAGACGGUGAAAGUGUAGCAUCUGGACGAAAAGGCAGCAAGCCUGCUCUCAAUGCAAGCAAAGAUUUCGAUGCGAUGUCAGAUAUUCUUGGUCUUAGCUCGGAACCGAAAUCGGCUGGAUUUGGGUCGUGGCUGAAAGAGGAAAACAGAACCAGUGCGUCGAAUGAUUGGGUCAAUUUGGCUAAAAAUAGAAGAGCUUCAACUGGACAGGGUCCCGAAAGACCAAAAACUACCUCUGGGUUUCCAUCGGGUACAAGUACCCCAAAACCUGGGGACUCUGGUUUGGAUUUGCGGCCAAAAACAUCAACGAAUGAACCAUUGUUUGGUGACGAAAUUCCUCUAGAUCAACUUCUGUCAUCAAAACCUCCGGCCGGAACAAGGGUUAAUCAACGCGAUGGAUUUCAGGAUCCAGUUACACCUGCCGCUAAAUCUGCAGCAGAGCAUUCAGAAACUCCAAAGACUGAAAUGGCUACUCGCGAGACGCUGCAAAUUCCUGCAGCUUCUGGCCUCUUCCGAGACCGUAGUCGAGUACCUAGCGAGGAUGGGCUCUCAAUCGUAAGCGGAGCGGGUUCUCAGGCUUCGAGAGAUACAAUUUUGGACGGAGGAGGUGAUGUUAAUUUGCGUUCAAGAGAGGAAAGAACUCCAGGUACAAGUUUGCCCUCUGCGCGUUCCCAAGAUGAUCUCUUUGGGGGCCGAGGAACAUCUUCAGGUGCUACUAGGAAACGUCAGACUAAUGCUAACCAAAAUUUAGCGCAGUUGUUUGAUGGUGAUUCUGCAAUACAACCCGAAAGUAUGCCAAGGCAGCAACCAGGUCCGAAUUUCGCAGCGUCAAUGGACAGUGCAGGUCAGCCACAGUUACAAAAUCAAGGAACAUCUAGACAUCAAGCACAUGCUUAUCAUACCAAUCAAAUGGCAAUGAAUAAUGCAAAUAUCAUGUGGGAAGAGGAAAAGAAUCAUUUGGUCCAAAAGUAUGAACAAAAAAUGAAACAUCUCAAAGAACUACACGAGGACGAAGUGUCCCGAAGCAAAGACGAAAAGGAAGCGUUAAGCAAACAUUACAAGUCUUUAAUUGAGAUCAUGGAAAAGGAUAGAGUGGAGGUCAUAGCGAGGUAUGACCGAAAUUCGCAAGACAUGGAAUUGAGACACCAACAGUCUUUGGAGAGUUUGAGGCUUCUCCAGGAAAAAAACUUCCAAGAGUCGAAAAGCGAGUUUGAAAAAAAGGUGGAGUUUGUGAAGAAGCAGAAAGAAAUGGAAGUAGAAGCGAUUAAGUCGGCUUCUUCUCAUCUACAGUCUGUUAAUGUAGUUGUAGAGCAGGUUGAAAGCCAAGCAAAAUUGAUCAACGAAAUUUCGACCAACCUUGGCAAUAAAUCUGCAAAUACUCUAGAUGCACGUGAAUUUCAAAUAAGAGCGAAAGAAAACGAAAUUCGUAUUCAAGAAGAAAGGCUAGAACGACAGUUAGCGGAUACAGAACGAGAGAGAAAGAAGAUUCAAGAGCUGAUAACAAAAAUGGAAAUGCACAUGCGAGAAACUGCUUCGACUUUAGAAAACGACAAGUUUAAUUUGAUUCAAGAUCAAGCAAGAUUGGCGGCAGAAAAGAAGAACUUACAAAUGCAGCAACAGCAGCAGUUGGAUAAAAUAUCUCAGGAGAGAAGCUGGCUGGAUAAAGCUAAAGCCGAUUUCGAACGAGAGCAAAAAGAGAACAGAUCAAUGCUUUACGAGGAGCGUCGGCUUCUUGGAAUCGAACGAGCAAAACUGGAGGCCUCUGUCAAAUCUUACAGCGAGCGGGAAAAACACGAGUCGGUUAAAACUGCUCAAGCAGAAGCUGAAAUUAGUGGGUCAUUGCGAGCUAUCGCCAACGAACAUGAAACCUUAGCUAAGACUGCGGCACAGUUGAAAAUGGACAGAGAUAAUUUGGAAAAAGAGCGAAACGCUUUCGACCAAGAGAAAAAGCGGAUUGAAGUGGAACGAAAGAUUGCGGAUGAGUCUAAAUUUGAAAUUAGAAGUAGGCAAUCUCAGUUAGAUCAUCUUACAGCUGAUGCGACUAAAAUUAGAGACGAGGGGUUGAACGCUUUGAGCAAAGCCACCGCGAUAGAACUGGAACAUAAUCACAGAACUCAACAAUUGAAGACUCAAUUGACCUCUUUGAGAGCACAAGAACAGAGUUUAGCCCAGGAGAGGCUACUUUUGGCCCAAGAGCAGAAAAAUUUGGAGACGAAGAAAAACUCUUUGAUUUGUUCGAAGUGUUCUGGACCUGUGAGCUCGGCGGAAUUGAACCCAUUUCCUUCGCAUCUGGCUUUCAAACAGUUCGGAACUCAGUCAUCGGCAGAUUUUGACAACCAUUUCAGACAUUCGGGAAUGCAUGGAAUGAAUGAUAGCAUGGCUAUGGGACCCCACGUGAACGACUCAGGGUUCAACACUCCUGCUGAUUUCACAGCUCAAAUAAAUUCCGUUCAACAAGUUGAAAUAAUGAAACAGAUGUUGCAAAUGGAUUAUGAUUUGGAGAAUCUGAGGAAUUCUGCGCAAAGCGAGGACCAGUAUUUGAUGGAAGAGGAGCAGUAUAUUCAAUCGUUAAGAGCGAGUAGAAACGAAGAGUUCCCGACAAGCUCAACGCCAGCUAAUAAUUGGUAGACUUACCUAAGCUCAGUAGUUAUCAAUUGUAUGGUAUAUGCUUCUCUUCUCUUUUUGACCCUGCAGUAACUACUGCUCAAUGUAUUUUAGGUUCUAAUUUCAGUUAAUAUGAGUGUUUUAAUUAAUUUGUAAAUAGUGUAAUUAUUGUAAAUUAAAUUUAAAAUUGUAAUUUUUCUGUGUGGAUUUGAAUUAAUGUUCACUGGUAA